CACUGAUGUUGCUCCCAAAGCUGCUGAAAACUUUCGAGCACUUUGUACUGGUAACACUAAAUUUGAAUGUAUCUUUGCCAUACAGUUGAUUUCACAUGCUUCUGGUAUUGCUUGACGGUAUAGGGAUCUGCAAGUUUAAUAAUGCUUUCAUGAGUGAUGGGUUUCAUAAAACUUCGGACUUGCUUUUGAGAAGGCUACAGCUGUUGAAAUGUUUCCUUUCUUGUUGUUUUACUAUUCUGUUAUAUUUUCUUGAGAAAUCUCCUAUUUAUGUUCACCAAAUCAUUUAUAUACUAUCAUGUAAGUUUUCUUUAUCAGAUGUUGACUCCAUUCUUCAGGAGAAAAAGGUAUCAGCUCUAAAACUGGGAAGCCAUUGCAUUACAAAGGGACCUUUUUCCAUAGUAUAGUCAAAGGAUAUGCUGCUCAGGGCUGAUGAUCAUGACUGCAUUUCUUGUGAUAUAAUUUUAAGGCAGGUGACUUUCUGCGGCAAAAUGGCAAUUUUGGAGAAAGUAUAUAUGGAGAUAAUUUCCCAGGUUGGGGCUGAGUUUGAUCUUAUUCUCGCUGCGUUGGAGCCUCAAUUCAAAUGAUAUUGGAACAAUUGUUUUCUCUUACUAUGAUGAGUCUCCAAAAUUAAAGCAUGAUGGCCCUGGCUUAUUAUCCAUGUCCCUUGCUGAUCGCGAUGAACGAGGUUCACUGUUUAGUAUCACCUUUAAGGCUGAUCAUCAUCUUGACAGAAAAAGUAUUGUCUUUGGUAAACUUGUGGAUGGGCAUGAAUUGUUGAAGAAGAUUGAGGAUGCUGGAGAUGAGGAUGGGAGACCUGCUGUGACUGUUAAAAUUGUAAAUUCUGGAGAAAUACUAGAUGAUAAAAAGAAGGGGAAUGGCCUGAAAAUGGGGAAGGGGAAGCACAAGAGAUCAUCCAAGAAGAGGAGGAAGAGAAGAAGAAAAUAUUACUCAUCUGACUCUGAUAGUUCAUCUGAUACCGAUUUGGAUUCAUCGGAAUCUGACACUGAAUCCGACUCUGAGUCUUCCUCAUUGAGUGAUACCACCUCGUCAAGUGAUUAUAGGCGGAAGAAGAGAAAGAAGCCUAAGAGAGACAGGCCUAGGCGUGGGAAGAAGAAGGAUAAACGACAUGUGAAGCGACGCAAGAGACGCGAUAAGAAAUCAAAACGUAAAUCUAAGAGGCAGAGCAACUCCGAUAGCGAGAGUGACACUAAAAGUGAAAGUAGUUCUCAGGAUGAUGACGCCGUCAAUGCAUUGGAUGGGAAUCAUAGACCCUCAGGAAAUAAAUCUCCACAAGCUGAGGAGCAAGAGAUAUCCGAAGUUAAUCAUAAGAAAGGGGAGCCAGCGGAGAUCACCGAACGAGAAGACAGAGAAUUCCCGAGGGAAAACGGCGGCCAUCGAAGUAAUAAUGUCGGGGUUGCAAGGAUUGAAUCUGAUGGAAGUGCCGAUAAGCGCCCCGAUGUAUUGAAUGACCUUCCAAGCAAAUCUAGGAGUCGAAGCAUAAGUCCGAAAAGGGCUCGGAGUAAGAGUAUGAGCAUCAGUCCUAGAAGCAUCGAUCGAAGCCCCAGUCCUGCUGCGGAACAUAACCGAAGUCCCGACGCUAGUCCAAUCCCGAAAGACGUCUCGGGCAGAAGCAGGAGUAACACGCCCGUUAAAAGUCGAACCAGCAGUAGUCCCCCAAGGAGCAGGCGAGAAAGAAGCGCCAGCACGAGUUCUCCUCGAGCACGCAGUCGAAGUGCCACCGCUUCUCCUCCGAGAAAACGACUCACUCGGAGCCCGCCGUCGAGAACAUCUCCCCGGAGAUCGUCGGUAAGGUCAGGUAGCCGGAGUCCUGCGAGAUCUUCUCGACGCAGUUUAAGCAGAAGCCCCGUCAGGUCAGCUCGUCGAAGUGCUAGUCGAAGCUCCGGUAGGGUUUCUCGUAAAAGAAGCCCGAGUCCGAUCCCAGCCAGGUCGUCGAGAAGAAAUAAUCGCCCCAGCUACUCCGGGAGCCCCUCUGGAGCGGGACGUCGCCUGAGGUCGCCCGUUUCUGGCCGCGGCAGGAGUUCAUCGAGAAGUCCGUCUGUCGACGGAUCACCCAAACGUGUCCGAAGAGGACGGGGCUUCAGUGAUCGCUAUUCUUACGUCCGUCGCUACAGGAGCCGGACACGUUCCCCCGAUCGUUCUCCUAUAAGAUCUAAUCGCUAUGGUGGCAGGGGCGAUCGCGAUAGAUAUCCGAGUUACAGAAGAUCCCCGAGACGUUAUCGAAGCCCGGUUCGAGGACGAUCUCCAAGGUUCAGAGGCAGGAGGAGUCGAAGUCGGAGUCGGACCCGGAGUCCUAGUGGGUCCUGGAGCCCAAUACGGUACCGCAGCCGCCGUCGAUAUAGCCCGAGCAGGAGUCCCGUCCCAAGUCGAUCUCCCGUGAGGAGAUACUCGCGUAGCUCGCCGCGUUCGGAAAAGCGACGCAGAUCGCCUUCGAGGAGCAGGAGCAGGAGCAGGUCCCCUUCGGGUUCUCGAUUGUCACACGACUCUCAGCGUCCUGAGGAGAAAGGCAAUUCAAGGUCGUCGUCUGGUAGCCCUGCCGGGAAGGCUCGACCGGGGCUCGUGUCGUAUGACUCGGCUCGGGAAUAGAAUGUGUCUGAAGGUAAAACUUGCAAGGACCGUUUCUUGCUUAGCUCGUUCGUUUGUUAUGUUGUGUUAAAAAAUUAUCGGAUUGGAUGUCUUGUGUUAUGUGUCUUAAGUUGAGUUUGUUAUUUGUGUUUGGAUUUCUGCUGCAGAACUCCUUUUUCUCCAGUUAUUAUUAUUAUUGUUAUUAUUAUUAUGUCCAAAAUUGAAUUUUCAACUGGGUUUAAAGACAUUUAAUUCUAUUAUGAUUAGUCAAGUA